AACCUUACGUUCGGUAACUGCGAUCUAGCAUCUACCCCAAGUAACGGUGUCCUGCAAAGAUGGAAGUAGACGACAGAGAAUCAUCUUGUAUCGCGACAAUCCGUUAGCCAAAGAUGUCCCCGGGUACGUCCAGCUUCGCGGACCGUCUAAAAACCUUCUCGAGGACUAGCUGUGAAGAUGGAGAAAGCUGCACUGCUGCUGUUUUGUUGCCUGGUCAUGUCUUUAUCAGGCUCCCCGCUCUACCCAUCCAUUAGGUUCGGCCAGAGGGAUACAUCCAUUCUGAUGACAUCUUCUAUAAAGAAUCCAGCAGAGCAGCCGGAGGAAGACACGCGUGCUCCCAGGGAGCGAGCAGAGUUACGCUCCGGACGCCACGCUGAUGCCAUCUUUACAAACAGUUACAGGAAAGUCCUGGGCCAAAUCUCUGCCAGAAAGUUCCUUCAGACAAUCAUGGGCAAACGGUUGGGAGAGCAAAGGGAGAGCUACGUGAAACGUCAGUCUAAUUUCUAUGAAGGGACCUAUAAAGAAGAUCUUACAUCCAUCCAGAGCGAUCAGAGAUACAGAGGAGUGCAAGGGAAUGUCAUGAGGCCCAGACUGCUGAGUUGAGAUUGGUGGAUCGGACAGAUUCAUGGCUGCCUGUGCUCCGCUCCAACGGCACGUUUCAUAACCACGACUGCUUGUUUUCUUAUACUUCUUCCAGCCUGGUCUUUACAGAUGAAAAUGAUAUUGUAAUUUUUUUUUAUUCCCAUUAAACCCGUGAAGAAAACCUACA